UUCAUAGUUCAUACGUAUGAAGAAAUGGUGUGCGCUCCUUUUGGUAUUUAGCUCUGGGAUGUGAAUGAAGAUAGUUGUACCCCUAAAUUUGGACGGUCAAUGGUCCAGUCAGCCAUUGGGAGAGUCCUUGAAGUAGGUGUUUAUGCCUACCAUACAUAAAAGCAGAAUUUCAUUAAGGUGAGGGCUAUCAUCGAUUUUACUAAACCACUCCGCUCUCAGAUCAUGGCGAUGAGUGAGGAAACUGGUUGUUUCUGGGUCAGCCUGAAGUAUGAGUUCCUGCACAGCUUCUGCUUUAAAUGUGGUCGUGUGGGGCAUUGUUUACAAACUUGUGAGUAUGAUCCACCACAAGGAAAGGAGAGGUUCAUGCCACAUAUGACUACUAAAGCGUUGGGAGAAAAACUCUAUGGAGAAGAGGAUGACAACCGGUCGGUGUAUGGGGCUUCUAGGUCAGUUAGGGUCAAUCUGGAGGUUGCUGGAAUGAGGAAUACAUGACAAAGUAGUAAGCAACAGAAGCAAAAAUAGGUGGUUGAGACGACUCCACCUGUGAGGCAUGGUACCUCGACCUGAAGAUCGGUGCAAAAUGGGGACUCCCUAUACCAGGAAAAUCGCAAGGAGGACAGGAAGAAUGAAGGAAGAAGCCCUCGUGGUUUCAUGGUAGCUAAAUCAUCGAAACUCAAGAUUGGGCAGAGCAAUGAUGUUAGGGUGGUUAGGAGACUCCCUAUGAUGGAGGAGCAUCAAAAAGGCUUCUGGAAAUAGUCGUGGCAGCCUGGCAGGACCAAAACAUGUAUCAGAGUAAGAAUGCUAGCUCAAGUGAAAGGUUGCCGCGUAGGAAGGAAGAGAAGGUCCGGACGGAUCAUAUACCCAGGGAGCCUAAAGGGAACGAUCGUGGUCAACAAUCCUAGGAGUCGUUGGGAAGGAGAAUGGGAGGUAGCUCAGUAGGCAUGAAAGUCUAGGGUCACUCAGGGCGUACUAAGCACGAAGUAAGUCAAAUGAAGACGAACUGUCUGGGCUCUAGGUUAGCCUCUGGUGAUGCUGGCAUGAAUGAGCAAAGUGGGCUCAUGCCUGCACAUAGACAAGGAAAGGCACAUAUGAUUGAGAGAGAGGAGAAGGGGGAACACGCUGCAACGAAGACAAGAAUGGAUCGCAGGUCUUUGAGCUUUGAUUCCAGCAUGCAACAGUCCGACAUGAUCUUUGAUAAGGCUACUGAUGACCUCCUUCUCCUUAAACCUUUCCUACUAGAAAAGUCCAGAUGGAAUAUCGACACUAGUAGAGGAUGACUCUGAGACGACGACUUCUGAGGGGUAUGUGUCCGCCUACGAUCUGGAGGCUGAUGGUCACAAUUUUGAGUUGAAGAGUCGUGUUGCCCCCCUGUGUGGAAUGGGUUGGCUGCUCCAGUGGUGAGCCAUGUUCGGUGUGCUGUUGAAGCCUUUGAGUGUAAUGCAUCGUCAAAGAUUGCGAAGGGGUCGGGAUCUAAACCGGUGAGUGUGAAAGAAUCCCAAGGGCCAAUUGAGUCUAUAUGUUACAUAGUUGAGGCCAGGAUGUUAAUUUCUGAAACCACGGGCCAAAGUUGAUUAUAUGAUCAUAGUUCAGACCAAAAUAAGGUAUCUAACCAUUACAUUAUAGAGGUUCUUCUUCGGAACCUCAUUAGUUCCCCUUUUCUUGCAUCCUCCGCAGAGGACGGAAGGGUUUUAUGGUCAAAUUCUUCUAAUUUUCUAUUGGCAUUUAUAAAUAUAAAAAGUGAAUCUAGACUGUGUUUUCCCUAGCUACUGCGCAAGAAUGAAGCCAUUUGUUUUAAUUUAUAUGGGCCAUAUAUGUCAAAAGUUCAUUCUAAUGAUUUCCAGCAAGGAGAGGCGGAAACAAUUUAUUGGAAGGAGGCGGAGUUGUGCAUAUUAAGUCCAAGUUCCUUCUUGCCAAACUAAAAAAGUCUUCCCCUUUUUAACUAAUAUAUUAUGUUAUAUGGUGUUUGCCCUUUGUGAUACAAUUUGAAUUUGUAGAUGGGCUGAGAUAUUAGAUGGUAUUCAAUAGGAAAGUCUUGGUUAAUUUAUAACUUCCACUGAAAGGAGAGGAAUGAAGUUGCUCGAUUGAAAGGAGAAGAAUAAUUUUAAAAUAUAAAAUCAAUUUGUAUUAUAAAGUAAUUUAUAUGAUAUUAUACGUUCAAUCUUUAUCAUAAAUGAAUUUAUAUGAAAAAAGUAAUUUAUAUGAAAAUAUAUAGGUGCAAAUUGUACCAUAAUAUUAAAGGUACAGGUUCAGUUUGUAUCAUAAAUGAAUUUGUAUGAAAAUAUACAAGUACAACUAAAUUUGUUACAUAACAUUAAAUGUACACGUUCAAU